AUGGGCGCGGCGAAGGCCAACGGCCGGCGUCGUGCAGGGAUGGGCGGGGGGCACAGCGGAGGCGGCGGCCGGUGCUGGCGGGCGCGGCGCAGCGGAGGAUACUGCUGCGGCGUGUCUGCGCUGGCCCCUAUUGCUGGCGGAUCUGGUGCCCUGGCGCCCAGGAACGCACCUGCCCCGCGAGCACCCGCCACUGCCGCGCUGGGCGCGGACGGCGCCGCUGCAGCCGCCGCCCAGGGCGCCUGGCGCGCGCCUGCGCCGUGGGCGUCCGCCCCUGAUGUGCUAGACGCGCACGGCGCCACUGCAGCCGCCGCCCAGGGCACCUGGCGCACGGCUGCCCCGCGGGUGCUCACCGCCACCGCGCUGGCCGUUCUCUCUAGCAGCGCGAGCACGGACUCGGGCAUGGCGGGCAUCGCCGCCACCGCGCAGAGCGCGGCCGCGGGUGCUGCGGGGGCCGCCGUCGCAGCCCAAGACACAGGGGCCUUGGUGGCGCGCCUGCUGCCGCCAUCCGUGUGGCCCCUGCUGCCUCUACUGCCCCCGUGGCCCCUGCGGCCGGCGCGGGCGCUGCCGCUGCUUCCCACGCGGGCGGGGCUGGCGUGGGUGCGGCCGCCGCUGGUGGCCCUCCUCCUCCGUGGCGUGGGCUGGCCCGCCGCCGCCUCCUCUGUGCGCGCGUGGCUUCAGGCCGCCGCCGCCGCCUCCUCUGCAAGCGCGUGGCCACAGGCCACCGCCGCCACCGUGUUUGCUGCAUCCGCGGGUGGCCCUCCUAACGCCCAGCCCCCGCCGGCCCUGGUCACGCUGGCCAUGGGCGCGGGCGCAGUUCUGUUUGUUGCUGCCCCCUCUCCUUCAUGGCAUGGGCUCGGUAUGCCCCCCGCGGACGCGCCGUUCGCCGUCGUCACCUUCUGCGGGUAG